AAACGAUACGACGCGGCGUGCCAAAACAAAAAACAUUAAAUAUAUAAAAUGUAACCAUUAUAAGUUGAAUUUGUUUCAAUAAACAUAAAACUGAACGUACGCCGCUGUGGCCCGCAUGCGGAAGCUUCGAUUCAGCUUAAUAGAGCAGCAGCAGGCAGAGAACCAGAAAGUAAUGGAGCAGCCGUACAAGAAUUGAUUAAACAAACGCCUCCACACAUCCCCCGUCAAACUGAGAGUCAUCUCGCGUGGAAAGUGUCGACAGAGAGAGCAUAAAUAAUGCACAAAAUGGUUAAAUUAUUCCUCAGUUGAAAGUGAAAGCGCGACGCUGUCCCACGAGAAAUGCUGUUGCCGGCGAGAGCGGACAAGUUAUGCUAAUGACAUGGGACAAAGAGGACAACCAAUCGAUGCUAAAAUUCGACAGAUCAAUGUAGAAAAGCAUAGCAAAAUCCACCGGAUAACAACGGAUAAGACUACUAUCUACUCUUUCAAUCAAAUCGAUUAUAAAGUUUGACAAACCAAUGCGAAUAAGCAACACAGAUACCUACCGAUAACAACGGAUAAAACAACAAUCAAAUGACAAAUCAAUAAACAAAAUCCAUACAAAUUCCAGCGGAUAGCAGCGGAUAAAACAACAAUCAAAUCUCUUUCACUAGACAAGAAAACACACACAAAAAACUCGACCAAGAUGCGCUUGCAACAUCGCUAUAACCCCAAUCCAGCCACAACAACAAAAACACAGACCAUAGGCAAUAACAACAACAGCACAAACACUAACAUCAACAACAACAACAUCAUCAUCAACAACAACAACAACAACAACACCAACAACAAGCGAGCCAAGAAAUUGAACAACAACAGCAACGGCAUCAUUAAAUUGCGAACAGGAACAGCAACAAAAGCCGCCAUGCCACCCGCCACACCACCCACCGUUCCCCCACCCCCAGUGGCAGUGACUAGGCACCACCAAAUGCUGAUGCUGGAGGAGGGCCCCAUACAGUCGUGUCUGGUCCCCCAAAAACAGGAGGAUGAGGACGAGGAGAAGGGGGAGGAGACCGAAACCGAAGAGCCCACAACCACGACUUCGGUGGAGCUGCGAUCAUCGGCCAGCUCCCACUAUCGGGCCUACACCACCAUUCGCAGCAAUUCAACAUCCGCGAUACUGGCCGGAGCGGGUCUACCGCCUUUUGGGGGCCACUGCUCGCAGACGACACCCGGGAUGCUCUAUGCCCGCCCCCGCACCCUCAAUGUGCACAAUGUGUGCCAGACGCCCGCGCAGAUCACGCAAAUGUUUUUUGGAGAAGUCCUGAAUGCAUGGCGUGCCAAGGCCCGCUGCAAUGUGGUGCCCGACGAGCGUACCCAGGAGCUCUUCCACGAGCUAAGCUUCCAUCCCAGCCAAAAGCAGAUUAGCGAAAUGCUGCAAACGGCCAAGAAGGUGGCCCGCAAGGGGGGCAGUGGACAGCCAAAUGGCCUGACAUUUGGACAGUUUUGCGUACUGGCCGCAGAUUUGAAGCGUUUUCGGGCUUCAACGAUUUCGAAUCAGACAUCAAACUACUGCGAAUACCAGCAACUGUCGGCGGGCUCAGGCUCUCUGCUCCAGCAACAGCAGCAGCAGGAUGAUACCCCAUCGACUGCCGCCUCACCUGCCGCCUACAGCCAUAGCAAUGGCAAGAAGCUGGACAACCAUGGCACCGAACUGCGGAGCACCAAAUCCUUUAGCAGUGUCGAUGAUACCAAAAAGAAAAAGAACGCCAGCAAUGAGCCCGUGGAGGUGUUCCUUGGGGGCUCCUGCAAUCCCACAACCUGGCGAGCGGACGUUGCCAUACCAGCCCUCAAAGAGCUGGGCAUUUCAUUCUAUAAUCCUCAAGUAUCCGAUUGGACGCCCGAUCUCAUCGAGCUCGAGCAUCGAGCUAAGGAAAAGGCCCGUGUAUUAUUCUUUGUUAUGGAUUCGGAAACACGCGCAUCUGCUGGUGCCAUCGAGGCGGCACACAUAGCGGGUCAAAACUGCAAGCAGCUGGUGUUGGUUUUGCAUCCGUAUAAACCAAAUCAGAAGAUACUGAACGAGCCUAUUUCACAGCAAGAAUACCUCGAUCUGACUCGCAAUCAGAUGAUACUUAAGGAGCUGGUCUCCCGUCGCGGUCUCCCAGUCCUGGAUAACAUACCCUCGGGAUUGCAGCGCACCAAGGAAAUACUGUCGGGCAUCAGGGAUCCACCGUCCAAGAUAUCUUCCAUUUUAGAUACCGUACGCGGGGCCUUCGAUCGGGUGAACCCGCAAAGCGACCUACUCACUGUGGAACAGUGCAAACGUGCUCUCUUAUUCUUAGGCUAUGCUCAGAGUUUAGUUAAUUUAGACAAUCUAACCAAGAUCAUAAUUAAUCAGCGCGAAUCGCUGAAAUUCCUGCAAACGCACAGCUCAAAGAUCGAUCCAAAUGAAGAUUCAGAUCUGCCCAUCAUGGCCAACCAGGAGCUCAUCGACUUUGAUCUAUUCUGUGUGAUCUCGGCCUACCUGUCCGUCCUGCAGCAGGAGAUCCACGAGAGUGGCUGCAUCUCGCCGAUCAAGGGCACCAAUGUGCCACCACCGCAGGUUUACUUUACCAACGCACCCGAUGUGGACAUCUAUUAUUCGGCCAGCAAGAACAUCUCGCGUACCUCGAGCAACGCCAGUGUACCGUCCAACAGCAGCAGCGGCAUUGGCCACGAUCUGGAACGCCAGAGCCUGUUCGAGCAGCUGAGUCGCAGCCGGGACAGUGGCACCUCCUCUCCGCAGCCAGCCGCCGCGAGCAGUCUAGGUAAAAGCUUCAAGCCUCAGAUCUUGCUGAACGUCGAGUCCAUUGAAACAACCGAAAUAAUCACCACCAAAACGAUAGAAACCAAGCCAUGCGGCGCGCAUCCUGCGUCUGCGGCAGCCCCCACCGAGGAGGAGGAGAGCGACUCCAACGAUUCGGUCUUCUCGAGCAGCAGCUCCAUUGCCAGUGCCGGGGAUGCACUCUGUUGUGGCGGACUCGAUCUGCGUGAUGUCUAUCUGGGCGGCAGCUGUGUGAUGCGCACCAAGUGGCGUCAAGAGCUGGCCGUUCCCUACCUGCAGUCGAAGAACGUCAGCUUCCACAGCCCGGCCCUGCACGAGAGCAUACAGCUUCAGUCGCAGCAGCAACCGCAGCAGCAGCAACAGCAGCAGCCUGGACUGCAUGAGCAACAGCAGCAGCAGCGCUCGUUUGUCCGCACGCGUCGAAAGUGCCGCGGCAAUCAGCUGCAGCUGGAGGAGCAGGAAGAGCUGACGGUAGCCGAGGAGUCGCUCAGCUGGUCGCUGCCACCGGUGUCCGUGCGCCAUAACCUGUACAAUCCCUCGCUGCUUGACUCCAGCAGAGUGCUGCUCUUUGUGAUCACCAAUGAGACGCGUUCCCUGGCCCCCAUGACACUGGCCGCCCACUGCAUUGGCCUCAUGUACAAUGUAGUGCUUGCGGUCCAAAUGCUGCCCGAGGAUUGUGUGCUCGGUGGCGAAAAGCUAACUGUGGCCGCCAUCAAGGACUACAAUCGCGGACGGUCGUACCUCAUCGAUUUGGCCAAGCGGCAGGGCGUGCCCGUGUUCAAUGACAUACGGGCGGCCCUUGACUGCACUGUGGCCAAGGUGCAGGCGUACAACAAUCGCGAUCGUUGCUAAUUCGUACCUGUAUUCAAGUUCCAGCACGUGACAAUUUUUAAGCUUAUUUCUAAACUAAAUCUAAAUCCUAGUGCAAUUUAUAUUGUUUUCUACGCCCGUGACCAUGCCCCAUGCCCCAAGCCCCAAGCCUCCUACUACCACUAAUCUGAAUGCUUUAUAAUCGUAUUCUGAAAUGGUCCCCCUUCUCUAUAGUUGAUUCUAUGCGUAAUACGUAAUAACUUAAUCUAUAAUUUAAGUGUAAAACCACUAAAAUGUCGUCGCCCAGACAGCGCAUUUCAUAACCCUAUGGAGGCGGCUCUUCGGUCUCUUUCGGCCUCCCCCUCCAUAUAUGAUAAUUUAUUAUAAUUUAUUUAACAUAUACGAGUAACGAGUAAUCCAUGUAGUACAUGUGCUAAGCUGUAACUGUAAAUAUCCACACAAACAUGUACAAUUCUAGUGCAUAAGCAAUGCAAAAACCCACUAAACUAUAUAUUUUAUAUAUUCUUAGCGAGCAUGCAAAUAUUAUUAAUGUAAUAAUUACCAUAUAAAACCCAACCCCCCCUAUAUUAUACACGCAUACAGAUAUUGACCCCCACUGUACCAGUUGGCUGGACAAAAAAUAUCUCAAUAAACAAAUUUUUCUAACAUAUAA